AAAUAUGUUGCAGAACUUUUAUUUCCUGUGUUUCCGUCCUCUAGGCAAAAUGUGCGAAGGGCUGUUCAGUGCUCUUGCACAAUUAGGUGGCCAAGAUUUCCAGUCCUCAGAGUGUACCGAACAGUUGACCCUUCCCCCACACAUGGACUCCGCCCUCAAGGCACUUCAGCUGACUGAGGCCCUCAGGGCAGUGCUGGAGGGUCAGGGGAGUGAGGAAGAGCAGGGCACUCUCAGGAAACAAGUCUCCACCGAUACAGCGGAUGUUAUACUGAAAUGGCUGGAAAGGGAUGAGGUAAACCUCCAUUCAAAUGCUAACAGCGAGUCCUACCAGGAGCGAUUAUCACGUCUGGAGGGAGACAAAGAGUCACUAAUUCUGCAGGUGAGUGUGCUGACAGACCAGGUGGAAGCUCAGGGGGUGAAGAUCAGCGAUUUACAGAGUUCUUUGGUGGAGCAUCAGCACAAACUCAACUCCACGGAGGAGAUGCUACAGCAGGAGCUCGUGCAUAGAACGUCACUGGAGAGCCAGAAGCUGAGUCUUAUGGGGGAGGUGUCCUACCUGAAAGUAAAGCUGGCAGACAUGGAGGGAAAACAGGGCCAUGGGGCUGAAAGGCAGCACAAAGCAGAGACUGUAGUGAAUUUCAUUAGUGAGCUGCAGGAGCAGAUGUGUCAGUUUCAGAAGGAGAUCAAUAGCAAGAUCCAGGAGAAAAAGGCCUUGGAGAUCCCAGCUGACAGCAGGCCUCCUGUGGCCUGCCCCACUGAGUCCACUGAGGGCCAGGGCUCAAACCUGGGGGUGUCCUCAGGGGGGAUGCACAAACUAGAAGAGGCUCCAGACGGGCCUGAUGGGAACACACACAGCCCCAAAGAGGGUAGCUCAGAUGCAGAGCAGCAGUACCACUGUGGAGGAGAAAGUGGCUUAUUUAAGGAGCUUAGGAUUCUCAAGGACAAAGUGGAACACCUGGAGGAUCAGAAGUUACAGUACGAGAAGAAACUCAAAGCAACAAAGGCAGAGAUCAGCAGCCUUCAACAGCUUCUGCUCAGUAAGAACGCUGAGAUUGAGAGCUUACACAAUCAGCUGCUAGCCAGACCCUCUCUAACCAGCGACAGCACAGAGAGAGAGGAGAUGUACAGGAAGAGGCUAAACACCAAAUAUCAAGAACUACAGAAGCUUCGGAGUGGAAUGAAAUCACUGGUGGCUGCCAAUGAUGAAAAGGACCGACGCAUUGAGGAGCUUACUCUGCUCCUGAAUCAGUGCAGGCAGUUUAGAGAGGUCACUCACAUCACAAGGCAAGCUCCAUCUACUGUUCGUUCGCUGUCAAAUGGGAGGACAAUGUCAAGCAGCAGUGAGGAGGAAGAGCAUGGGCUGAUGAGGAAUGCUGACAGUGCCAGCGCAAAAUCUGAGGACGUGAAGUCUGAAGUUUCAACAAACAGCUCUUCCUCCCAACAAACAUCUCUUUUAUCUGUGUCAAAGGAAAGCGAUUCUAGAACAGAACCACAGACUUUAUCGAGUAGCUUGAAUGACCUACCAAAUGGACACUCACACAAGAGUGGUUUGGGUGACACCAGAAGUCAGACGCUGCCUGUGAAUUCCUCUCUGUCAGAACAAAAUGGAAGUGGAGACAGCACCACUGAAAUCCAGAGUCAAAGGUCCCCAGAUGGGAGCGAAGAUGGAGACUCCAGCCAAAGGAAGCUGGAGAAGGUCGACGACAGCACUUCAAGCGAUAAUUCUCCUGCUCAUUCUGGGGCAAACACACAGUCUGGCCAGCGAGCAGUGGGCUCACCGGAAUAUAUGAAGAAUAACAGGAGCUUCAAGAGGCUCUGGGGCAAGCUUCGGAGAACUCAGUCUGGAGGCUUCAACGCAGCAGAUCCAGAUGCUGGUCAGUUUAAAAGAGGAGGAUUGCGGGCGACAGCAGGACCCAGACUGACCCGAACCCCUGAAUCUUACGACUCUGCACGUGACAUGAAUAUUCCAUUCAGCCAGUGGACCAAGGAGCAGGUGUGCAGCUGGCUCGAGGACUAUGGACUGGGCCAAUACGUCAGUCUCAGCAGACAGUGGGUUGAAAAUGGACAGACACUUUUGUCUGCUACGCCUCAGGAUUUUGAGAAGGAGAUGGGAAUGAAGAAUCCACUGCACAGGAAGAAGCUGCAGCUCGCUCUAAGGGCAUUUACCACUAAAGUUGUAGAGAAAUCCUCAGAGCUGGACUACAUCUGGGUCACCCGCUGGUUGGACGAUAUUGGUUUGCCGCAGUAUAAAGACCAGUUCCAUGAAGCUCGAGUCGAUGGCCGAAUGAUACAAUAUCUCACAGUGAACGAUCUCCUGACUCUGAAGGUUACGAGCCAGCUUCAUCAUCUCAGUAUUAAAUGUGCUAUUCAUGUCCUUCAUGCCAAUAAGUUCAACCCACACUGUCUUCGACGCAGGCCAGGGGAGGAGAAGCAGCCUUCUCCCUCAGAAGUGGUGCAGUGGUCUAAUCAUCGUGUGAUGGAGUGGCUCAGGGCAGUGGAUCUAGCUGAGUAUGCUCCUAAUCUAAGGGGCAGCGGUGUUCAUGGUGGGCUGAUUAUCCUUGAGCCUCGCUUUAGCUCAGAAACUUUGGCGUUGCUCUUAAAUAUCCCUCCACAGAAGACUUUGCUUCGCCGCCACCUCGCCACUGCCUUCUCUGCCCUGGUUGGGGCUCAGGCCACACAGGAGAAGCGAGAAUACGGCAAUGCCACAGGCCAUGUGCCCCUCACCACCACUGCUAAAGUAAAGCCAAAGAAGCUCGGCUUCACCCAGUUUAGUCACCUCAGGAAGAGGAAACCUGAUGAAUCUGCAGAUUAUAUCUGCCCCAUAGACAGUGCAGCACUAACACUGAACGGAGUUUCUCGCUUGUCCUCUUCAGCACAUCGAGGCCUCAGCCCCAGUUUGGACAGACACACUGACAGAUGGGAACACAUGGGGACAAAAGCUCAAACUAAUGACUCCAAACAGUAAUUAAAUGAAUAAGCAGGAAACCCUACCUUCUCCACCACACUCCCCUCUCCCUAAGUGACUUUAGAAAUCAGUAGAAAUUCUAAGGCAGAUACUUACCCAAGAUGCAUCCCUGAGCUGAUUUGCGGGAUGGGCUGUGAAGAUGCUGUAUUUAGCAGGCAGUUGAUUGCUGGUAAUGUAUUUUUAAUCAGGUGUUGCUUAAACAAUUUUCAUCUUUUACUGGUGAGGAUUUGUGACAUUGUUUGAAUUGUUCAUUAAAGCUGCUCUCUGCAUUCCUUUUACAGUUGGAUUCCAAAGCUUAUACUUUUGCUUUACAAUAAAUGCAUUGUACUGACCAUUUUGUACCUAAACUUCUGGAGAAUUUGUUAGAAUAUUGAUUUCCUUUUUCUUGUUGUAUAUCUGGUUUGUCUGCACAGCAUUAUUACUCACAUCAGAUACCUUAAGAAUGGAUGUGUCUCAUUUAUUUUCUGUAUGACUAAGUGUAAAACAAAUCUGAAAUUAAAUCAUUUUUGAUUCCUGGCAGUACACUUAAUAUUUUGCAUGUUUUGGCCUGUUGAUACACGGGGUUCUUCUACUUAAAUGCUGCCCUGUUUCAUGAGAUCAUGCACUGGAUCAGACAGGCUCGUUAGAAUUUUGAGAAAAAAACACCUAAUUACCCUACUAGGUCCCAUUAAAGCAACAUUUCUACUGUCAGCUGGUAGUUUAAUGCUCAGUGCUGUCUCUGAAGAGCUUGAUAGAAUUUAAAUUUUGGCUAAAUUGGAACACAUAGUGCUUAUGCCAGUAACAGAUGCAGUUUUAAGGUUUAAGAUUUGAGAUUAUUAGCAUUGUUGCUGUUUAUGUCACUAUGUUGCAAGAAUUUUAAUGUUUUAGGAUGAUUUCAUUUUAGCUGAUGGGUAAUUGGAUUCUUAACAGACACUCGAUCCGAGACUGCCCACUGCUGGUCAGAAACUGAAAAUGCAGAAACACAUGGCAGCCCAUAAUUUGGGGCCGGAUCAGUCCAGUUUGUCAACAGUGAAAAAGACAAAAUAUCUGCUUUCAUGGAGUUGACAAGACUGAAGCGAAGCCUGUUCUGAUUUGCUUGGUGAAUGGAACGAGUUCCCAAACUCUGUUCGAUCAGCAGAAUCCCCUUCAGUUUUGAAGAAAAGACCAGCUUUUGCAUUUGACACACGGCAAAAAAGAAAAAAUUAAAGGAAAAAAAAACAUGCUAUUAUCUCCCGCGCUGUCUGUAGGCACCACAGUCCUAUUAUCACACUUGAACUUGUUUUGUGGCACUUCCAGGUUGUCUUCUCCUGACUACAUCCCUGCUCAUGUUGUAUCUACUCUCAGAUGUGCGUUGCUUUGGAUAAAAGCGUCUGCCAAAUGAAAUUGUAGAACUGCAGUCAAUCAAAAAUAAAUCAAGCUGCUGAACAUUACCAGCAUCAAAUUAAAUUUGUUCUGUUUUCACACAGUUUAAUACUUCUGUUUGGUUAAAAAAUAAAUAAAGAGAUGCAUUUUCAACUUCA